AUGGCAUUGUGGAAGUGUCUCACCGUCGCCUACGCCCUCACCGCCGGCGUCUGGGCGCAGUCAAGUAAUGGAACCGGAAAGGUCUGGGCCGUUGUCGCCUUCAUCAACAGUGGCGAGAGGACGCCCGUCAUUAGCGACCACUGGAUGCUGACUCCCGAAGGAGCUCAGCAGAUGCGGCGACAAGGACGAGCAUUCCGCGCCCGCUACUUGGCCAAUAUGACCGACCCUGACUACGCCGGCAUUGAGGUCGCCCGUCUCCAGGACAUGUCCGCCGACGAGAUUGAUAAUACCGUCCUCGACUUGACUUCCCAGGCGGAAGAGUCCGUCGUAGCCGGAGCCAUGGCCUUCUUCCAGGGAUUAUAUCCUCCCUCCCCAAAUGCAUUCGGGACCGACACGGAUGCAUCCGACAUUGCUCGCGAUUAUUCGGAAGGGGGCAACCUCACUGAUUAUCCGCUCAAUGGAUACCAGUACCCAAAUCUUCGCACACUGAGCAUUCUUGACCCCCAGUCGACCGCGUAUUACUCCAGCAUACAAGGAAAUCUCAGGUGCUCUAAUUGGGAGUCCGAGAUGAACAGCAACCUGACCCAAGAUCCCACAAUGCUGAAAUUCUACAACGCAACCUAUGACAACUACCAACUACUCUUUUCGACGUAUCCACUCGUCGGGACCAUCAACCUCGAGGAUGCCAACCUCUGGAACGCCUACGAGAUAUACGACUAUGUCAACUACAUGUAUACUCACAACGAAACUGUCCAUGACGGUCUCACCAACGGAACCGCCAUUCUCAACAUCCUAGGCUCCUACGCCGCCUCCAUGGAGCGGAUCAAGAAUAGCUAUGCCGAUGGUUCAGACUCUUUUGAAUCUCAAACCAAACAGGUUCUCUAUUCCGUCGCCGGCCGCACGUUCGCGAAUCGGGUGGUGCGGCAGUUCAUUACCAACCUCCAAUGGAACGGCAGCCGCGAAAAAUUGACCCUCAUGUUUGGCUCAUUCGACCCUAUCAUCAGUUUCAUUGCUUUGUCUGGUCUACUCACCCCCGAGAGCAUCGUGGAUGGUCCCUUUUCCACUCUUCCAAAUCCCGGCGCCGCACUCAUCUUUGAGCUCUAUGGGGAGGAUUCGGAUAACCCAGAUCUGCUACCCUCGUUCAACGAUCUCUCAGUAAGGCUCUACUACCGUGCUUCUGCGGACACAGAUGAGAAGUUCGAGAUGCAACCCUUCUUUGAUUCGGGCUCCCAAAAUGGCCUCGUUCCCUACUCGGAUUUCGCCGAGACAAUGCAGGAGCUUGGACGGUCGGUGUACGAUUGGUGUGGUAUUUGCGAUUCUACGGCUGCGCCGUGGUGUUUCUACUCAUAUACGACUGACGACGGUCUUGAUUCCAUCCCGGGUAGGCUUGAUCCCGUGGUUGCGGGCGUUGUCGGCGCCGUCAUAAUGGGCGUGGUCGUUGCUUUCAUCGCGGGAUGCCUUUAUUGCCUCGCUGGACUCCGUUUAAAGCGUGAAGCAAUCAGACAAGAACCGACUGCGCCCGUCGCAGGAUUCAAGGGGCCCGAGAGGAAGGAUGGUGAUAAAGACGUGGCUGUGACAAAUGAAGGCUUCCACCACGAGCGAGUCGGCAGCUGGGAGCUGAGAGAUGGGAAACAGCUGCCGUCUGUCGAGGCGGCGGGUAUUACACCAAAGGAUCUGCCACGGGAGAGGGGUAGGUCUUUUGAUGAUGACGAGGAUGAUAUCAGCGUCAUGGGCGCGACACCGGUCAAGGAGCAUGAGAGUGUUUAA